CCAAUACGCCGUGAAUAACAGCGACCUGUUCUGGUAAAAACGUAUUCAGAUCUAUCUGUUUCAUUUUCACAUAAAAUGCCUUACGAUGAAUCGACCCAUUUGUUGAACCUUCAUGGAAACAACGAAAAUGGUCUGUCUACCGUGUUUGCCAUUAUAUGUAUCUUGGAUGUCUUUGGAGUUUACCCCGUGGUUACCCUGCCCAAGGCUAUAAUUGACUGUGGUUUCUAUGGCAUCUUACUUAUCACAUUAGUAUGUUCAGCACAAAUUUACACCGCAAAUCUGCUGGGAAAAUGUUGGAUAAUAGCAGAAAAGAUCAACCCUAAUAUACAAAGGAAGAGUAGAUACCCAUAUGCAGCUCUCGCCGAAACAACUUAUGGUAAAAGGUUGGCGAAUUUUGUGACAUUUUUAUUGGAUCUUACUGUUUUUGGAGCGAGUAUACCUAAUUUGAUAGUAGCCUCCCAGAAUCUCCAACUACUCGGUGAAAGAUUAAGUGAGAAUACUGUCAGUAUUUCGUUGUGCUAUUGGAUUAUUAUAGUUGGAACAGUGCUAUGUCCGGUGUUAUGGUUAGGCAGCCCAAAGGAUAUGAAGUGCUUGUGCUCUACAUCAGCCUGUAUGGUGAUUCUGGUAUUCCUCUUAACUUGUGGUUGUCUGAUAUACAGUGGAGGUAGCAACGGUGGACCUGUCGAGUCUGUUAAAAGCGUAGCUUUAUGGAGGAACAUACUAGAAGCUUACGGUAUCAUCACAUUCCUCUUUGACAUCCAUCCUACAAUUUUAACUAUUCAAGUGGAUAUGCGUAACAAGUACCGGCUUACCAGAGCUCUUCUUGGAGGAUUUGGAAUAUCUCUACUGAUGUUUGGAAUAACUGCCAACAUAGCAGCAAUAAAAUAUGGAACAAACACAAAAUCGAGUAUUCUGGAUACACUGCCCACCAGCAUUCCUUUGCACUUUGCUGCGACCUUAGUUGCAAUACAGCUUUGUCUAACUUCUGCAGUUAGUAACAAUGUGUUGUAUCAACAGAUGGAGGACUGUAUGCAGAUACCUAGAGAUUUCAAUCCGAAAAGAUGCAUCCUCCGUACAACCCUAACAAUACUCGCCAUUGUGAUAGCGGAAUCGGUACCACGUUUCGACUUAGUGAUGUCUCUGAUAGGUGGUACCCUUACCGGGCCAUUGGUCUUCGUACUACCCCCUUUGAUCUACAUGAAGAUGUUAUCAUUGCAGACCAUGUACGAGGAAGACUUUGCGCUAGGCUCUUUUGCUAACGUUGUCUAUAGCAAGGUCGAUGACACUACUGAGUCUUCUACGACAUACACUUUGCUACCGCUAGUAAUAUCUGACAGUUAUAGGUCAAAAUUUGGAAGAUAUUGUGAGAUUUCGUUCUGUUGUUGUAUAAUUAUAUCUAGCAUUGUAUUCACCCUGUUAACAACGUACUUUAAUUCUAUAAAUAUUGUAUUGUCAUAUUCUAAUGUAUCGAAGCCAUGUAUUUAUAAUGUUUCUAGUUUUUUAUUGAAGUUGUAGAACUCAAUAAGGUGUAAGAAUAUGAUAUAUUGUUUAUUUUAUUCUCGAGUCACCACGAAAGAUAUGCCAAUACGCACCAGCAGUAGUAGAUAGUAGUAGUAUUAGUAGUAGUAGUAGUAGAAAAGGGAAGGCGAAGUUUGGAAACUAGGCCAACUUUGACCAACAUCAGUUUUAUACAGGGUAUCGUGAAGGUUGGGACUUUCCUUUUCCGAAACAACAAGUUAAUAACCAAGCUAAUGAAUCGAAAAAGUAUCAUUUGUUUGAUAAGUAAUUUUAAGUACCACCCUUUCAUAUGGUGCUUGUAAAAUACUGCUUGAGGUUGUUCUAAAUUAGCAAUAUUCGGACCUAUUUAUAGUCAUAUUAGACGAAAAUACACCUGGCAUGCGAAAUAAUUGUAAAGUCUGGUUUUAUUGAUGCAAAUUGUUCAUCGGGUAUUUAAAUCAUGGACGCAUAAAAUGGGUACACCAUUUUUUG